CUUUAGUUGAGAUUUUCUAUUUGAUUAGGUGUUCAAAUUAAACUCAUUCUAGUUUUUUUCUUAAUUUAAAGUGAAAUGGGGUUAUGGGGCGUCUUUUCUUGCUUUUCGGUAAUAUGGUUGGUUACUGUGGUAGGAGUAGAGCUAGCAGACGAUCCGCUAAACGUCGUUUUGGAUGAUUAUAGAUCGGAUGAGAUUAGCUACCGGCAAAAUAACGACUCGAAGCAAGAUGUUCUAUCGGGGGCCAAAGCACCACGGUUGACGCGUCCACCUUCUGACCGUCCUGUGCCCGUGGCUGUCCAUCUACCCAGCCCUGACCAGGCUAAGGCGAAACUGAAACCGGCCCCAGGAAAUCUACCUGUACCGGAGUACAUCCAGGAAAUCAUGUUUCCUCCACAAUCUCUCCCCGGACCGGCGCCCCAACGGCCCCGGGAGGGCGGCAGCGUCCGGGUGUGGUGCCGACAGUAUAAAAUGCACAUCCGGGUUCGGAAGAACCUGUUCGGUUUCAGGUGCGGAGCUGAGGAGCUGACGCUGGGGUCGGGCUGUAAGAGCAACGCCGCCUCCCGCCACUACAUCGUCUUUAACUACGGGCUCCACGAGUGUGGGAACACCCCGUCGAUUGUCAAAGGGCAGCUAGUGUACUCCAACGUUCUGCGGUACGUGCCCUCCGUGGCCGAGGGGCAGGUCCGCCGAUCGUUCCCCUUCACGGUGCCGAUCCAGUGCCACUACAACCGAUACCAGCGGGCUUACAAGGUUGGCUACCAUCCGGUGUGGCCUCGGCGGUCCUACUUCAGGCAUCUCCAGAACAACCACAGCUUUGUCCUCACCACCACCGAUGCUCGCUGGGACAGACUCUCCUCCAGGAUCACCUACCUCCUGGGCCAGCCCGUGUACUUCCAGGCUGUGGCUCCUUUCAUCGCGGAAGGACAAAGGCUCUUCAUCCACUCCUGUUAUGCAACCAACUCUCCAGACCAGCAGGCCGAGCCCAGAUUCACUGUGAUUGACAAUCUGGGCUGCAUGGUGGACAGCAAGCUGUCGGGCUGCCGGUCCAGGUUCCUACCCAGCAAGAGGAAGGAUGUUCUCCGCUUCAGCGUUGAUGCCUUCACCUUUGACAGAAAGGCUGACAAGAAAACUGAGCUUUAUAUGCACUGCACUAUGGCUGUAGCCAAUGAAGGUGCAACACCAGGCACUAAAUCCUGCACCUACAAUAGAAGGAAGCAAAGGUGGGAGGAGCUGUAUGGUGACCAUGAUGUGUGUAGGUGCUGUGAUGCAGUGUGCUCAGGAGGUCGGGGCACAGAUGACAAUAGAACAAUUACCAGUAAGAUGGUUCCUAUUGAAGCUGUGAAGACCAGUGCCACACCUCUCUAUCGGGAACACCUAAGCUGGCUGACUGGGGAGGAGCAGGACCGCUGGGAAGAAGAGGCCAGUGACCAGUGGGAGGCUGUAGAUCCGGAAUCCUGAGAGUGAAGAUAACACCUUGGCCCUUAGACCACAUCAGUGAAAAGGGGAAGAGUUUCUCUCAUGCCUUCAUGUUCUGCAGAGUUGCACUUAGGGAUUGGCUCAGACACAACCGGCUCUGUCAAGGGUCCAGGGUCAAGACUCCCGAAGUAAGGAAUUACCCUGCAUCCUUAAUGCUGCUGAGGGCUUGUGCCACUUCUGCUCUAGCUAGGGGAUGGAUAAACUUCAUUCUUCAGAGCAAGAAUAUAAUCCACAGGUGGAAACUAUACCAUCACUGCAGAAAAUAAAAUCUUUGAACUUCUUUUGAAAAGGC